UGCUGCCUGCAGCCUUGGCGCUCGUGCGGCUUCCCCGCAGAACCGCACUCAAGUGCGCAACCUCCCGGCGGCGGCGGCGCGGGCCUCGGCAGGGAGCGGCCGUGCGAUGUUCGGCCGCAAGCGUCGGCGGCCCGAGAUCUCGGCGCCGCGCAACUUCGUGCACCGCGUGCACACGGGCUACGACCCGCAGGGCAUGCGCUUCACGGGGCUGCCCGUGCAGUGGCACGGCCUCCUGCAGGAGACGCUGGCGCCCCGCCACCGGCACAGCAGCCCCGACCCGUCCUGCAUCCCCCCCCGCGAGCUGCGCGCCAUGAAGAAGAUCGUGCGAGGCAGGCGGGCUGCGACAGAUGGAGAUUUGAACGGGCUCCUGGACGACUUCUACAAACUGUCAAUCCCCGGCUCAAACUCUCUGUACUCCGAGUGCGCCACCAGACAGAGCUGCGUGUCUGACCAAGGCCCGCUCUCCAACUGGGAACGCACGGAUCGGGACACCCACGCGCACAAACAACAGAGCGGCCCGCGCCCCCAGCGGCACAGCAGCGAGCCGUCGCCGCACAGGGAAUACGGCGUCUACCCGGACGCGUCGGCCGCUUGUCCGGCCGGUCUCGAACAUCGGCCAGACUCGCCGAGUCACGGGAGGUCGCGCGGAAGCCGGGACGUCAGGGCCUGCGUCCGGCAGCAGUACGAAGCCUUCCCGCUGCUCUCGUCCAACCAGCCGCUCAGCGUGGCCUGCACGCCGGCGGAAAACCGGUGGAACGCCAACGUCGGCGGCUGGAUACCGAAACCGCGCGACGGCAAAUCCUCGUCCGCGUUUUGCCAAAGCGGGAGCGACAGCGCCGAGGCGUCGAGCCGGCACCGACACGGCGCAAAUGCGGCAACCCCUCCGCACGGGGGGAACGGGCCGGGGCCGGCGGCGGAUCGCAGAAGAAGUAACAACAACAACCACCACGACCACAGCGCCGUUGCCAUCACCGCUGCUGCCCUUACAGUCGCUGCUCACGAUGAAGACCGCCGCCGCGUCGUCGUCGCGCCUGCCCAGCACCGCAGGGCGCCGCAAGCGGCAAGCUUCGAGCCGCCCGAUUUAUCCGGAUCGGAGUCGUGCGACUGCUCUCGCGACGCGGUGCGCUACAGGCACAGAGACCCCGGGGAGCACAGAGGGGCGCAGCAGCAGCAGCGGCAGCGGCCACACUCGCUGCUGGAGCCCGCGGUGGGGCCCGUGCGACUCCACGAGCGGCCCUGGUCAGGGUACGCCCUGUGGGGGCCUCAGCUGCCUCUGGCACCCGGACUCUCCAGGGUCAGACGACGCGAGAGCCAGGAGUUUGUAUAGCAGCGGGGAGGAAUUUCUUCACCGCACUGGUGCGUGUGAUGUUUGCCGUUGGACUGGAGUCGGAGACGUGACGAGUAAGCAGCCGCAGCCAUAGCAAGGGUGAUAUACUGGACGUGGUGUGCCGACUGUGGGAGAUCUUUUUUUUCUGGACAGGCCAGGCAGAUGUUUAGCUAUUGAUAUCGUGAAUUACUGUCGUCUGUUCCGGUCAAAAGCUUAGUUCUGCAAGGACUUGGUACUUGACCGGUUUCACAUCUUCUAACCAGACUCAAAUCAAGAGCUGCCCUGCCGGCACUGAGGAACUCCCAUCAAAUCCGCAUACGGGUGACGUGGAACACACAGACGUCGUACCUCAGAUGUCAGAAAUGUUUACACAUUGUUCGGGCACUUGGGGUGGCGUGCGGCGGCACAGUGGUUAGCGCAGUGCGUUAAAAGCCCGGCGACCACGACUUCCACGUCCCAGCCACGGCCAAUAUCAGUGGCACGCGAUAUCCUAACAAAUCCUGGGCGAUCCACACCUUCGCCAAUCCGCACUGACCAGCGUGCUGAAGCACGGUCAAACAACUGAGGUGGCAUGGGGGAGGCCUUCAUCCAGCAGUGGAUUGAUAAAGGUGCCGUAGACACGCACGAACACACACACACGGGUAACAGAAUCCAGCGGCAUCAGGAAAGUAUCACAGGGCCCGGUUAAAUGUCCACGCGAGUCAAGCUCCGACACGGGGGGGGGGGGGGGGGGGGGUACAAAUGUGAUGAUCGCAAGUCACAAAAAAAACUGCUGACGCUAUACAACCGAGACAUCUACCAAGCAAACGGGCACGUGGCAGGCAAUCGCCCAUGAAGGGGGCUUCUGCUUUCGAAGGAGCGACUUGUUAUUGGGCCUCUCUGGGCCGCAGAGAUGGGGGGGGGGGGGGGUGGCAGGUAGGGUAGUUGUCCCCCCCACUGCCACGGCUCGUAUCCAACAGGGCCUCUCCCCAUCUGGGAUUUUAUUUUUGGCGUCUUUAAAAUAUAUAUUUUGAGAUGUCUUCAAUUCUCUCCAUGUGGUCCUCGAGCCACCGGUAACCACCUGGGGGGAGGGGGACGUGCCAACGGCAAUUUUCCUGAAGCAUUUUUAUCUUGAGGCCACAAAGCCGUCCGAUAGCAAGGUCAUGGUGGUAGCUUGUUUGUUUCUUUUACGUUAAAUUGUUCGUUAAUAUGGGUAACCGUCGUAGUGUAUUCGAUAAAAACCACAAGAGGAACGAAACAUCCACGGGAGCGUGACAAAUAAACAUGGAUGCGCAAAGAGAUCCAUCUCCCACCGUAGAUUCUGCGAGUGGUGGACACUGCAGAGUGGUGGACAUGGCCCAUGGUGGAUACGGGUAGCAUUUCGCCACCCCCUUGGGCUGAAUGUCUCCCGAACUGGAUCACCGCAGCGGAGGACCGAGAGCCGCUGCGGUUCAACGUUAAGACAGAAGCAGUCUCCGCGUGCUCCUCCUCUUCGGCUGUUGUGCUUCGUGCUGUUCGGAAUUUGGAAGCCGAGGUUUUCCCUUUACAGGAGCUGUGGUGACCGCGACAGGGCCGGUGGGGGUUCGUGUGCAGUAACGUUGCGUGGUACGACCCAUGACAUUCUCCUUCCCGUACUUCGUCGUAUUGUCGCUCGCUGGGGUUAUUUCUGUUGAUAAUUAUCUGCGUAUCUCUCGGGGGGUGUAAUUUGCAGCGCUCUGCUGAAAGCUCUGCCGUUCAGGAACUGUAAUGAUUACAAAAAUUACCGUACAACCACCGUACAAUCAAAUCGCUCUGAGUGGAAAAUCAUGACCCUUGAGCUGGAUACGGACUCAAAACUUCCAUUCCACGUGGCCCCAUCGCUGCUUAACGAUGACUCCCAACUCGCAGACGUGCUUCUGUGCAGCAUCCACUCCUCGCCUCUCGCGGAGACAGGACGGCUCGGAGGCGCAAGGGCAAACCACGAACGAGCGGGAAGGAGGAAAGCAGCUGGGCGGGCGAGCCGACGCCAACAAUCGCAGGAGUUCUGUGGUCCUACAUAUGUUGAGAUGUUUUCAGCCAAUUCGUGAGUGUUCAUGCGCGCGGGAGGAAAGUGGAGCACUCGGGAGAAAACCAACACACGGGAGAGGGCAAUGCUAUAUAAAACAGAUGGAACAGAUGAAAAUUCGUCCACAUUUUGGUGAGCCGGGGGUACACGGGGGGCUGCUCCCUCGAUGCCCACGGGAAGAGAUUUUCACAACAUGUAGGGCGAUCGAGCAACCCUCCACCGCCUCCAGGUGCUGGAUUGAUGGAAGGCCCCACGCGGAGCGAGCGCCGCAACUUAAUGCCACACGGCCCACGAACUUCGCGCGGCCUGUGGCCAAAAUGAGAAUCCGCGACCUCGUAACAGCCUGCAAGUGACGGACGCUCGGGGUCCAGCCGCUGUGAGGAGCUUCACUUCGUGCCGGCCGCGACGUCGCCACGUUCGCGAGAGGAGUUGCAGGCCCAGGUGUCGCACGCCACGGGGGGGGGGAGCCCUCGCCGCGUUAUCGGUGUCUCAUUGAGUUGCUCUUCUGCCCCUGGGUACAGAUGAAAAUGUUCCCUCACUCCUGCCUUGGAAAGGUGGGCCCACCCCACUGUUUAACCACUAGCUGUUGAUAAUCACCCGUGUUUCUCUUCCCUUGCUGUACUCUCUGAGGGGGUUUCUGCAGUCCAUUGUUACAAAAAAGUUACUAAUGCAUUGGUGGGCGAUCUCGAAAUUGGACUCUUUUAGAGAACCUAUGAAAACGACUGUGCACACAUGCGUCCUUUUUUAUCCUGUACGUGAUCUAGCCGCUACCUACGCAUUCCCCCUCGCUACGACGGCGACGCGCGUUAUCGCCAGGGACAAUACAUCUCGCUUGAUUCGCACCGACUGAUUUACGUUGACUGAUUAUUGAUCCGAUUCCCGUCGCGCUUCGUUUAUGGUUUGCAUUGCACCUGCUCAGCGCUUACUGCCUACACUCAUCGAAGAAAUCAUUGUUUUGCGCCGAUCUGCCACGUUGUCGUCAGCAGCGGCCGCGCUCUAUCUGCUGCUGGAUGAAGGCCUGCCCAAGCUGUCUUCGCCGUCUCUCUCUCUCUCGGUCUUGCGAUGCAAUGAUCCGGCAAAGAGCCCACGGAGCGUGUGGAUUGAGGCGCAAAAUAGAAUUAUGCGAGCGUUCUGGUUAACAA